GGCCUGCGGAAGGUUGAUGGAGAAGAGCUGAUCCGUAUGUAAACUUCUUGCUCUUGGGUCAGCCCGAUUUUGAGACAGUCUAGGGUUUGAUAUCAAACCCGCUUCUCCUUCUCUUUCUUCGUCUUAACCUCGAACUCCCUUGGUUGAGUGAGAUACAGAGGGAGACCAGAUUCGACAAAUGGCGGCAAAAGGGAGGAACCCAGGCCGGAGUCGCAACCCAGAUAUUGUACGCGGCAUUGGGAAGUACUCCAGAUCGAAGAUGUAUCACAAGCGAGGCCUUUGGGCUAUUAAGGCCAAAAACGGCGGCGUUUUUCCUCGCCACGAUGCGCAGCUAGCUGCGGCGGAGAAAUCAACCGCCCAGAAACCGCCCAAGUUCUACCCAGCCGACGACGUUAAGAAGCCGCUCCUGAACAAGCGCAAACCCAAGCCCACCAAGCUCAGGUCGAGUAUUACUCCAGGGACUGUGUUGAUAUUGUUGGCGGGGAGAUUUAUGGGAAAGAGAGUUGUAUUCUUGAAGCAGCUUCCGUCUGGGUUGCUUUUGGUUACUGGGCCAUUCAAGAUCAAUGGUGUUCCUUUGAGACGCGUGAACCAAUCAUAUGUUAUCGCAACUUCGACCAAGGUUGACAUCUCUGGAGUUAAUGUGGAGAAAUUCGAUGAUAAUUACUUUGCAAAGGAAGUUGACAAGAAGAAGAAGAAGGGUGAGAGAGAGUUCUUUGAAGCUGAGAAAGAGGAAAAGAAAUCCCUGCCCGAUGGGAAAAAGGAAGACCAGAAAGCUGUUGAUGCCCUAUUGAUUAAGUCCAUUGAAGGAGUUCCUGACUUGAAGCCUUAUCUGGCUGCCAGAUUUUCACUUAAGGCCGGCAUGAAACCUCAUGAGCUUAUUUUCUAGAUCAAGCAUCUCAGGCAUCUUGACAUAUGGUUUAUUUUGAAUUCCUUCAAAUUGUUUGAUUAAAUGAUUAGAUGUUCAGUUUGCUACUUGGCUCAAAAAAUUUUGCCUUUUUUAUUUCGAAUGUCUAUCAUGAAAAGAUUGAUAUCAUAUAAAAUGAGCUUCUUUAGUGCGUUUUUAACUUCA